GGAUUGUGUAACGCACACCGCUGUGUAUAUAGAGGGGGUCCGGUCACCUGCCAGCCCCGGAGGUCAGAGGACAAGAGCCUACAGUCCAGGAGAGGAGGGUGGACGGAGCAGUAGACCCCUGAAUGUCGGGGCAGGGGGAGGCCGAGAUGUCCCUCAUUUGCCUGGCGGACUUUGAAGCUUACGCCAAAGAUAAUUUACCUAAAGCCACAUGGGAGUAUUACGCCGCGGGGGCAGACGAUUGCGGCACCCGGGAUGACAACUUACUUGCCUUCAAGCGGAUUCGACUGAGACCCCGGAUGCUGCGAGACGUGUCCGUAACGGACUCCAGAACCACCAUCUUAGGAACCGAGAUCAGCUGCCCCAUCGGGAUAGCACCUACCGCCUUCCACUGCCUGGCCUGGCCAGACGGAGAGAUCAGCACCGCCAGAGCGGCCGAGACUCAGAAUUUAUGCUACGUGGCGAGCACCUACUCCACCUGCUCUGUGGAGGAGAUAGUCGCCGCCGCCCCCGCUGGUUUCCGCUGGUUCCAGUUGUACAUUUACCGGGACCGUAAGCUGUCCGAGCAGCUGGUGCACCGGGUGGAGGCGCUGGGCUUCAAGGCGCUGGUUCUGACUGUGGACCUUCCAUACACCGGCAAGAGGAGGAGCGACAUCCGUAAUAACUUUCGACUUCCUCCUCACCUCAAGGUUAAGAACUUUGAGGGAGUUUUCAAAGAACAUUGUGGCCCCGACAAUUACGGGGUCCCGGACAACACUCUGGACCCGUCCAUUAGUUGGAAGGAUAUUCAUUGGCUGAGAAGUCUGACCCGUCUGCCGAUCAUCAUCAAGGGAAUUCUGACCAAGGAGGAUGCGGAGCUGGCGGUGAAACAUGGAGUGCAGGGAAUCAUUGUGUCCAACCACGGGGGGCGCCAGCUGGACGGAGAACUGGCCACGAUCGACGCCCUGUCUGAGGUAGUGGAAGCGGUGCAGGGUCGGACCGAGGUGUACAUAGACGGGGGGAUACGGACGGGGAGCGACGUCCUGAAGGCGCUGGCCCUGGGAGCAAAGUGCGUGUUCAUUGGACGCCCCAUUGUCUGGGGUCUGGCGUACAAGGGCGAAGAAGGUGUCCGGGGGGUGCUGCAGAUCCUGACUGACGAAUUCCGGCUGUCCAUGGCGCUCUCUGGAUGCCGGAACAUUUCUGAAAUCAACCGAAACCUCGUCCAGUUCUCCAGACUCUGAAAGUUCUCACAGCCGAGAACCGAAAUGUGAAAUCAACAGAAUCCUCAAGAUGCUGGAAGAUUAUAAUGAUUAUGAUGAUUAUGCGCCCCCAAUGGAGACCCCUAUAAAUGGUCCCCCCCUCCAUGGAGACCACUAUAAAUGGUCCCCCCCUCCAUGGAGACCACUAAAAAUGGUCCCCCCACCCCAUGGAGACCACUAUAAAUGCCCCCCCCCCAUGGAGACCA